AUGCCCUGCGUUGUCUCGCCGCUUCGAAUGCCAACGCUUCGCUCCUCCCUGACUACUACUGCUACUGAACUUGGUAUGAACACUCCGAUUCAGCACCAACCGGACCUGGCCCCGCACACGUCAGGCCGCUUGACCACCACUCCCCUACCUUCCGUAGAAGAAACUUUGUCCCUGCGUCUACCACCUUAUUGGGCUCACGACCCGCAGCUAUGGUUCGCCCAGGCCGAUGCUCAAUUUUGCGCCCGAAACAUUUCGUCGCAGAUUACCAAGUACGGGUAUGUCCUUGGGGCUUUGCCUGCCGAUACCGCGGCGGAGAUCCGCGAUAUUAUUCUCCAACCACCCCUCGACGAGCCCUACGACACCCUCAAGACCGAAUUAAUUGCCCGAACGACAAUGUCUUCCCAACGUCGCCUGCAGCAGCUUCUCACCAACGAAGAGCUCGGCGACCACAAGCCAACCCAGCUUCUUCGACGGAUGCGAGCUCUAGCUGGCGACGCCACUCUAGAUUCAACGCUUCUCCAAGAACUGUUUCUCCAACGUCUGCCCGCGGAAGCACGCCGCAGCCUUGCUGCGGCAGGCAGCACUUCCUUAGACGACCUUGCCAAGCUUGCUGACCGUAUACUUGACAACUCGCCGGAGGCAUCGGCUACCAUCGCCUCCCUUGGCCACACGCCCCGUCCUGCGCGUCCUGACAUCGACCUCUCUGGCAUACCUGCUGCAAUGGCAGCCAUGACAGCAACGUUACAGAACAUGAACGCCGCCAUGGCGAAUCUAACGGCAAUGAUGGCUGGCAUUUCCACCCGCGGCAGGUCCCCCUCUCCCGUCGGUCGCCAAGAUACCCGACGGCGCCGUUACUCCAGCCAUCGCCAUUUCCCCUCACCCGUACAUUCGGAGGACAGCCCGUUUUGCUGGCACCACUUUAACUUCGGCGGCAGGGCACAGAAAUGCAAGCCCCCGUGCAGCUAG